GUUUUCCACUCUAACUUUUUCCUUGUUUGAAUACGAAAUAUAUAUAGGUCACCUAAAGACUCGCGAGCUCUGCAGUGGAUUUUACAAUCUCCCGGAGUCAUAAACUUGAGCUAAUUGGAAUUUUAGCCUAAACGAGUGUGUCUGCCUGGAGUGGAAAGGCUGGGUAGGAGGAAGGCCUUCCCAAGAUGGAAACUUCACCAGGGACCCCUGGAGAGGACAGGGAAAACAAGGGUCAUAGCACCGCACUGGUCCCUCCGAGAGGCAUGGAUUUCAAUUUCAGCACCCUUCUUUCCAAGAUUGGGGAGCAACUGAACAGCGAAGAGCUCGAUGCCCUCAAGUUCCUGAGCCAUGACCACAUCCCACAGCAGAAUCAGGAGCCCAUCUUGAAUGCCCACAUGCUGUUCCAGAGACUCCAGGAAAAGAAUGUACUGGUGGAAGGUGACCUGUCCUUCCUGAAGGAGCUGCUCUUCCAGAUCAACAGGCUGGACCUGCUGGGCACCUACAUGAACACCAGCAAGGAGGAGAUGGAGGCUGAGCUCCGGACCUCUGGCAAGGCCCAGAUCUCGGCCUACAGGGUCAUGCUCCUUCGGCUCGCAGAAGAUAUAAACAAUUACGACUUGAAGUCUUUUAGAUUUCUCCUGUCUACCAACCUUUCCAAGUUUAAGCUGGAUGACAUGAACAUGCUGGAGAUCUUCAUAGAGAUGGAGAAAAAGGCCAUGCUUGGGCAGGACAACUUGGACACUCUCAAAAAGAUCUGUGACCAGGUCAAAAGGAGCCUGUUGAUGAAGAUCAGGGAGUAUGAGGAGCAGCGAGGAGGUGGGAAUGUGGCUGAUCCAUAGAUCACACCAUCUCAGUCAGCUGCCUCUACCUGCUGCUCCUCAGUGUGCUCCUGUUUUCUGGCCAAGCCUUUUGCAGGUAUCUGCAGAUGCUAAGAGCUUUUCAUAAAAGCAUAUCAAAUUGCACCUUCCUGUUUCUCAGAGGUUCUUUUGCUGUUUUUUUUCCAAUGCAUUUCACAAGUGGAAAAUAUUUUCUGUGAACUUUUCUACUUCAGAGACAAAAAGCUGGCCCCCUCUGUUGUGCUUUUUGCAUUUGUUGUGAAAACUCAAAGUGUGAGGAUAGUAGAUUAAAACCAGAAUAUCUCCUCUGAAAAGUUUGCAUGCUUGGCACCAGUGACCCCAUGGAGAAUGGCAAUAGCUGACUAGUCUGGGCAGUGCCUGGUCAGACAGGACCCGGGCCCCUGCUGGUUCUGCAAGCUGUGUGCAUGCCUUCCCAUCCCUGGGGUGUGUGAUGGAUUUUCUUCCCUCUGCAGCACUCAAUGCUGUUGUCUGCUCUAUGGGCGGGGCUUCUGAUGAUGACUUCAGAGCAUAACCAGCAUCGUUGCCCAUAGGUGAGAGAACAGAGGGAGUUGGUGUGGACACAGGUGUGAGAGGAAAAGCUUUGGGAUAAAAAUCAGUACAUUACCUCUCUGAUUAGCUAAAUGUCCCAGGAGCACAGAAAUUACAACUUGAAAUAAGGUGAGCUUUCAGUAGGAAGAAGCUUUCAAAUUACUCUGUCUCUUUCUAGUCAAAUUUGCAAAAGUGGAAGAGAAAAGAGUAGCCAGCCCAGAGGAAGCUUCCAUGCACAGAAUCAUCAGUUCCCAAACAGUCACCAGAAGCUGUGCAAUUGGAGCAGAUCUCAAAACACUGCUAGCCUUUUAGAAGAAAGCCUAUUGUGACAAAAUUCCAGCCACCCAAGAACUCCACUCAUCAUCAGCUCUUCACAAGAAAGCUUUCCAGACCUUCUCUAGGCCCACAGGUCUGCUUUCUCUGCCCACAGCUGUGAAUAACAGGGUUUUGUUUAUGAUUGUCCUCUUUUCUUCCAGCUUUCUCCCAACAUGCCCAAGUCACAUUUAUAAAGAGUGACAGAGGUAGACCUCUUAGGCCACCUUUCAUGGCUAUCUUCAUUCUUGGUGAUUUUCCUCUGCCUGCAAACAGAGCAGAGAUGUAUCACUGUAGAUCCAGGGUAAGGUGGCGAAUGUGGUAACGGGAUAGGAAAGAGUGUGACUUCCUCCCUUCCUGAGGGAGCACCAUGCUCAUUAGUGGCAGUUGUUUCAAAUCUGGUGAGAUGUAGUAGUUGGGUCACUAAAUGCCUAGCAGAGGAAUGUCCUUUUCAGCAACUCAGUGUUUGCAUUAGUGAGUAGUAACUGAGUGCGUCAGGUUUUGGCGCAUGUGGAUGUGCCUGGAGCCUAUGGCGAUCAUCUCCACCCUGUAAGCUCACCUAUGCUCCCCUUUCUCCUUGUUCUCUCCUCCUCUCUCCUGGUCAUCUGUCUGCUUUCCUGAUGUCCUAGAGGCAGAAAGUAGGUAACAGAAAACACUUUCUAGCUCUGUAUGUGCUGGGCUGAUUUUGCUUGACACAAUGAUUUCUUUUUUUUAAAUUUUAUUUAAGAGGAAAAAGAGAAAAACACAAAACAAAACAAAGCAGUGUAAGGGUACACGUAAUACAGAACUACAAAAAAAAAAAAACAUAACAGUAAGAAAUCACCUGUUAAUAGAUUACAUAUUAUCAUCUUGGAAAUAGUUGCUCAAAUCACAGUAUCAAAGAAUACAAAGUGGACAUUCAAACAGAGAGACUGCAAACAGCUGCGUUCAAUGAUCCAAAAACAUUAAUAUAGUCAGCCAUUUAACACCCCCAAACACACUUGCUGUUAUGUCCGUUAGAGCUCUUUUUUUUCCCCCUCUCUUUUUUACAACAAAAAUUACACAUUUUGGAUUUUAUUAUUCCUUAGUUCUUAUUACUUUUUUGGGCAAUGAUUUCUAAUGUUUUCAUGUUUUUGCAGAUGACAGAAUUUCACUCUUUUGUGCUUAAUAUGAUGAUUAUUGUUAGUUUUCCUUUUAUUACCAGUGUCUAUUAAUGUUACAAAACACUGGGAGUUUCACCACUACUCUCCCUCACUCGUUUCCGCCCUGCUUUCUCCCUUCCUCCUGUCUCCUUUAUGCUUUCAUGUCACCCUUCUUAGAGUACACAAGUUAGAGGGAGCAUGCAGUAUCUGUCUGAGGAUAGUUUGUUUUGCACAGCAUGAUAGACUGUGGACCCAUUCAUUUCCUUUAGGAAAAUGUCACUUUUUUAUGGCUGAAUAA